AUGCAAGUGCCGGUUCUCGGCUGCACUUUCCUCACGCUGUCAGAUCGUGAGGAAAGUACUGCCGAGAACCGGCAGUGUUCAGAGCGGGGAUCGGCACCGAUCAUCAGGGCACUGAUGAUCAGUGCCCUGAUGAUCGGUGCCCAGCAGUGCCACCCGCAAGUUCUGCCCACCUGUGCCCAGCAAUCACCCACCUGUGCCCAGCAGUGCACCCACCUGUGCCCAUCAGUGCACCCACCUGUGCCACUCUGCAUUGUCACCUACCUGUGCCCAGAAGUGCCACCUACCUGUGCCCAGCAGUGUCACCCACCUGUGCCCAGCAGUGCCACCCACCUGUGCCCA